AUGGCUACUAAAGGAGGUCGAAAUCGUAAUGGUGGGGAUUAUUCCGACGAUGAAGACGAUGAUAUGAAUAAUAAAGCUCAACAACGUCAGCGUUCGACAUCUAGACAUCAUCAUCACCAUCAUCAUCAUCAUCGUAGUGAUCGUCGUCAUAUUCAACAACAAAAUCAACCAGCUCAACAACAACAACCACAACAGCACCAACAACAACAGCAAUUACAACAACAACAAGCGUAUGAUCCUAAUAAACGUCGAAAAUUCGGUGGUCCUGAUGGUGAUGAAUUAACGGAAGAUAAGCUGCAAAUUGCCCUAUUUUCAUUAGGACAAAAAGUUGAUACAGCACUCGAACAAACUUUACGUGAUUUAUGUACAACAUUGUGUAAUGAUUUAACUAAACAUAAAAAAGUCAUUUUACAUCUUCUUAAUCAAUGUGUACAAUUAACACCUGAACGUGUAACAAUAUAUUCAACAUUAAUUGGUUUAUUACAUGCAUCAGUAAUAACAUUUGGCUCAGAUUUUAUUGAUACAUGUAUAAGUGCGUUUAAAGAAGCCUUGGCAGGAUAUAAAUUCGAAACAAUUCAACGUUAUAUAAGGUUUUUAUCGGAUUUAGUUAAUGUUAAACUUGUAUCAACUUCAUCUAUAAUAAAAUUAUAUGAAACAUUAUUGCAAACAACAACUGAAACCAAUGUUCCACAAGUACGAACGGAUUUUUUUGUAGCAUGUGUUUUAAUUUCAUUACCAUAUUCGGGUAAAAUUCUUUCCGAAAAACAUAACACCGAAUUAAAUCGUCUAUUAUAUACAAUUGAUAAAUAUGUAUAUAAACGUUCGAAAAUUCAUGUACCUAUUCUACAAGUUUGGACAUCAACGGAACCACAUCCACAAGAAGAAUAUCUUGAUUGUUUAUGGGCACAAAUAAAACGUUUAAAUCAAGAUGAAUGGGCUGAAUCACAAAUAUUUCGACCCUAUUAUACCUAUGCUGACACUUUAUUUAGUGAUAUAUCAGCAUCAAUCGUUCACGAUUUACCAACAAUAAUAUUACCACCACAUAUUGAUGCACUUAAUUAUCCAUUACCAAAAAUUGUUUUUCGUAUGUUUGAUUAUACCGAUGUACCAGAGCAAUUUGUUUUGCCAGGUGCACAUGCUAUUGAAAGAUAUUUAAUUGAAGAUGAAAUAUCAAAUAUCAUACAUACAUUUCAUACGGAAAGAAAAGAUUGUGCAAUACAAUUAACACAAAUUCGACCAAAAAAUAAAAUUCCCUUGAAUUAUAUGAUUAUUGAGGUAAUAUUUGGUCAUUUAUUUAAACUACCACGCCCACAACAUCUUGAAUUAUUUUAUGGUUCACUUUUACUUGAAUUAUGUAAAUUACAACCCUCAACAUUACCACCUGUAUUAGCUCAGGCUGUUCAUAUGUUGUUCGAACGUUUAAAUACAAUGAAAACAUCUUGUAUCGAACGUUUUGUUAAAUGGUUUUCUUAUCAUUUAUCAAAUUUUCAAUUUACAUGGGAAUGGCAAGAUUGGAUUAAUUGUUUAGAUGAAAAUCCCGAAUCACCAAAGAUAAAAUUCAUUCGUGAAACAUUACAACGUUGUAUGAGAUUAUCGUUUCAUCAACGUGUUAUUGAUUUUGUUCCGGAACAAUUUUAUAAACUUGUACCAAAUAAACCAUCGCCCGCAUUUAAAUUCGAAGAAGUUGAUCCACCCUUAUUCGGUUCUGAAUAUGCACAAUUGUUAACGAAAAAACUCAGAGAACGUUCAGCAGCCGACGACAUUUUACGUAUAUUAAAUACGGUUCCAAAUCCAACAAAAGAUGAUCAGGCAUUAAGUAUUGCAUCAUCAUCAUCGAUUGCGAAUCCAUCAUCGACUGAGUUAACCUAUAAUAUGGUGCAAAUUGAUUUAUUUGUAUCAUCACUACUUUGGAUGGGAUCAAAAUCGUUUACACAUUCAUUUGCUUCACUAGCUAAGUAUCAUCAAUUAUUCAAAGUUCUAAUUGAAACUGAAGAACAACAAAUUCAAGUACUUAAAUCUAUGUAUGAAAUUUGGCCAAAUCAUCAACAGAUGAUGGUUGUUUUGGUAGAUAAAUUAGUAAAAACUCAAAUCGUUGAAUGUUCAGCUGUUGCUAAUUGGAUCUUCUCAAGUGAAUUAGGUUCUGAAUUAACAAAUUUCUAUAUAUGGGAAAUUUUAACAUCAACUAUUGAGAAAAUGAAUCGUCAAGUGGACAAAUAUCAAACUGAACUAUUAGAUCUACGUCUUCAAUUGAAUAUAUCAGCAGCUGUUCAAGCUAGCACAGUUGCACCUUCGAAUCCAGAUGUCAAUCCUUCGAAUGAAGAGGCUAUGCCUUCAAUAGAAGAAAAAAAUCCUGAGGAAAAUAAAAUGGAUGAAAGUGAAACUCCUGCUGCUGCUGCUGCUGCUGCUGUUGAUGAUGAAGAAGAAGAAGAAAAACCAGCAACAAGUACUUUGAAGCGACGACAUGAAAGUGACGACGACGAUGAGAAUGAACAAAAGUCAACAGAAAAGAUUCAAUCAAUGCAAAUAUCUCAACCACCUAUGGAUGAAGCAACAGCUAAAUUACAUGAAAAAUAUGAAAUUGUCGAAGAACGUUUAUCACAUGCGCGUGAACAACAAAAGAAACUUUACUUAAUUGUUUUUCAACGUUUUAUUAUGACGCUAAGUGAUUUUUUGAAUGAAUGUGAAAGUAAAAAUGUUGAUCCUGUUUCUACACCAUGGCUUAAAUGGAUUAUUGAACGUUUACAGGAGAUUUUUAUUUUAUAUCAUGAACAGGUUUUUCAAUAUGUAUCAACAUUUGAAUCAUUAAUAUUUACAUCGGAUAUUGACUUUUGUAUACUGGAAGUAUUUCAACAAUUCUGUGCUCUACGUGCAUAA